CAACUACAUUACCAGUCUGUAAUUCCUCCUCAUUUUGCAGAGUCUCCAAUCAAGAAGCUAUAUGCAUUAGGCAGAACCCAAUAGCCCAUUCUCCUCAGUUUCUUGAUACAUAGCUACACUCUCUGCAUAAACAUACAUGGAUCAUCGUCAUAUAUUCAAUCUAACCGAGCUCCAAAUUAUCCAGUCUCCAUAGCUCUAAGUUUCUCCACAGCUUUAUUGGGGUACACUACCUUACAAUUCAUGCCUGUUGCGAGUAACAACAACAUAUGGUCUGAUCCUGCAACUGUAAAUAACCUCAAAGACGUGCUUUUUCGGACCAAUGAACAAGUAUAUAAAGUGGGUUCGAUCUCAUUUUCUCCCUCUUCUACCAUCUCAAGCUUUCCAUCAAUAGCUAAGAAAUCCGAUUUAAGGAGCUUGGAGCAGAACCCGUCUAGAUUAGAUUCCGUGGAAGCCGAACCAUCGAGGAGGUAGAGAAUUUGGCUCACUCAUGGAAAAGGCUACAUCACGAGUCGUCUUCACGCUUGCGGCUUGCCCAACUUAUACGGAAAGUGGCUUCCGCUCAACUCUUAUGAUCGGGAUCUUUCCCAAACUGCGGUAGUGCCGGCGACCACGGUGUGUAUAGUCCUUUGUAACAUGUCUUGGUCUUAAACAAACCUGUUGCGACUGGUUGCAACCGGUCCUAUGGUCUAGCGGUUAGGACAUUGGACUCUGAAUCCAGUAACCCGAGUUCAAUUCUCGGUAGGACCUUUUUUUUUCUCCCUUGGAGUUGCAAACCGGCCGGUUUAAUUCAACCGAAAUAUGUACUACCGAGUCGGUCAAUAAAGUCUGCAUUUUUUUGGCCGACGAACUUUCUCACCUUUUCGCGGUGAGAGCCAACGAGAAGAGAAAAUUUGCAAAGGUUCUUCCUUUGAGAAGUGUAAAGCCCAUGGCAGCUCUAUGUUGUUCGACCACCAUCGUCCUCUCAGGGAAGCUUUCUCCACGGAUUAGAACCCAUAAUCAAUCCCCUAGACUCAAUCGGUUAAAGAAACAGAAACGAUUGAUAUUUACCGGGAGAAAAAGUUUGAUCGUUGGAUCCAUUAUUGAAGAUAGAGGAACAUCAAUUGAUGUUAAAAGUGACAGUUUCAAGCCAGAAGAAGAAAAAUAUGAAGAAGAAGAAGAAGAAGAAAAAGAUAAAGACUCGGAUCGGCUGAUGAGUCGAGGAAUCAACGCGGCCAUAGUUCUCGCCGCCGGUACUGUUGCGGUUACUAAGCUUUUAUCUAUCGAUCAUGACUAUUGGCAUGGUUGGACUCUGUACGAGAUACUUAGGUAUGCACCUGAACACAACUGGGUUGCAUAUGAACAAAUCCUCAAAACAAACCCAGUUUUGGCGAAAAUGGCCAUCAGUGGAAUUGUGUAUUCUCUAGGAGAUUGGAUUGCACAAUGUUACGAGGGAAAACCGCUGUUUGAGUUUGAUCGAACUCGUGUACUUAGAUCAGGUCUUGUUGGAUUCACCCUCCAUGGUUCACUCUCUCAUUAUUACUACCAGUUCUGCGAGGCUCUAUUUCCUUUCCAAGAAUGGUGGGUAGUCCCUGCAAAAGUGGCGUUUGAUCAAACCGUAUGGUCAGCAAUUUGGAACACUAUCUACUUUACAGUUUUAGGUCUCCUGCGUUUCCAAUCCCCAGCUGAGGUUUUCAGCGAAAUCAAGACGACAUUUUGGCCAAUGAUCACUGCAGGCUGGAAACUCUGGCCAUUGGCUCACUUGGUUACAUACGGUGUAAUUCCUGUAGACCAAAGACUUCUUUGGGUUGAUUGUAUUGAACUCAUUUGGGUCACUAUACUGUCGACUUACUCUAAUGAAAAGGCAGAGGCGCAAGCAUUAGGGGAAACAAGCUCCAGUACUCACUUGAACGAGGACUAGGAGAUAUCUGAAGAUCUUAUAUACUGAUAGCACAAGGUGAUGAAGAACAUCAAGCACAGUUUUUUCUUUUUCUUGUAUAGAUAGAAACCUAAAACAUGUAUAUAUACAUUUGAUUAUGGAUUCCAAGAGAGAAUCAAUGUGGCAAAUCUAUUGUGCAAUACAUCAAACACGAAA